AUGCCUAUGUUCAGGGUGGUCACAGGAUCUACUGAUGGGAUUGGAAAAGCCUAUACAGAAGAGUUAGCAAGACGUGGAAUGAAGGUGGCUCUAAUCAGUAGGUCAAAGGAAAAACUGGACCGGGUUGCUGGUGAAAUAAAGGAGAAGUACAAAGUGGAAACAAAAGUUAUAGUGGCAGACUUUGCAGAGAGAGAAGAUACUUACAGUAGAAUCAAAGCGGGAUUGGAAGGCCUGGAGAUCGGUGUCUUGGUCAACAAUGUGGGAACUUCAUAUGUUUAUCCUGAAUAUUUUCUUGAUGUUCCAGACCUGGAUAAGACAAUCGACAAAAUGGUCAACAUUAACAUCAUGUCUGUUUGUAAGAUGACACGAUUGGUGCUGCCCAGCAUGCUGGAAAGAUCAAAAGGGGUAAUCCUGAAUAUCGCCUCAGCUGCUGGGAUGUACCCAACUCCACUGCUGACUCUUUACUCCGCAACCAAGGCUUUUGUGGAUUACUUCUCCCGAUCCCUCCAUGCAGAAUACAAGAGCAAGGGCAUCAUUGUGCAGAGUGUUCUACCAUAUUAUGUGGCAACAAAAAUGUCCAGAAUCCGCAAGCCGACCUUCAGUAAGCCCAGUCCUGAAACGUACGUCAGAGCUGCCUUAGGCACGGUAGGCCUGCAGUCCCAGACCAACGGGUGCCUACCCCAUGCACUCAUAGGAUGGGUCUUCUCUCUUCUACCUACGCCUGCUGCUGUUCAUCUACUCAUGAAAGUAAAUAAACAAACACGGGCUCAUUAUUUGAAAAAAAUGAAGGAGAAGUAA